AUGACUUCGACUGGGAAGCACGAUUUUACGGGAGACCUGACCCGGUCCGAGUCCAAUUUGCGAUGGUACAAUGCCUACGCGAGUGUCGAUCCCAAGAUCUACACACAAACGCGCCCUAAAAAGCUCUACGCUUCCAGGGCUGGUCAGUUUUCUCUCCACCGAUACCAAUCCGGCUUCGACACAUAUGGGUGCUUCUUGACCUUCAAAGUACGCGAUUCGGUCACACCUAAGACGAUUGCCUCAAUUCCAAACGCAUCCCUCGAAUUCUCAAUGCAAGGCGGAUCGGAGAACCCUUAUUUCCACCUUUCUCUCAAGCUGAAAGGAGACAAAGAAAUUACGAACAACCUCCGAAUGGUAUGGACAGCAUGGGACGGAGAAGGCAAUUUGACCGACCGAGUGCCUGCUUUCAAUGCGGACACUCGGAUUCCGAUAACAUUGUCGGCAAGACUAUCAAGUGUCACGAUUUCCAAAACCAUACUUGACAAUCACAUGGCCAAUCUGUGUCAGGGUUCGGAGGGUGCCGAAGGAUACGUCAUCUCUUGGGCAUGGACGAAAGGCCCUCAUUGCUUCGAUCAUAUGCUUCCGGAUAGUGUCCUUCAACGCCUCGAUUCCGGACAGAAAAAAAGCGUACACGAGUUCCAGGAACUAGGCCGUAUUGGUUGUUCAAUAAUGGUGACUACCCGUGCUCAAGCACAUCUUCUGAAGGAUUGGAACGCAUUUUCUGCAAUGCCGAACCCAACGCCGCCCCCGUACCCUUAUUAUAACUGCUCCUACAUCAAAACCGACGACAUUUUUUCGGUUAUUGACUAUAUUCCAUCAGUGUCUGAUGGAAUCAUCCAGCUUCACCAUCGCAAAAGGCAGUUGGGUUGGCCAAAUGCCCCCUCGGGAGACCGCAAGUACGAGUGGGAAAUGCAAUUGCUGAGUUUCUUUGUCAACGCCCCUCUCACAUUCAUCAACGAAAGAGAGUAUGAGGCUGUGAAGAUGAUCGGCCUGCUUCGGGAGCGGUACAAGAAGAGGCAUACCUACACCAGUUUAACCGGACAUACGAACUUGAGCUGA